AUGCCGAGGGGCUUCCUGGUGAAGCGAACUAAACGGACAGGCGGCGCGUACCGAGUGCGCCUAGCCCACCUGAAGCGUCCCGCCACUGGCGAACGCCGCGCCAAGGCGCCUCCGGGCUGCGUGUCUGGGCUUGCGGCCGCAGGAGUCAAGAAGCCAAAGGCCAUGAGGAAGUUGAGCUUCGCUGAUGAAGUGACCACAUCGCCGGUCCUAGGCCUGAAGAUUAAGGAGGAGGAGCCCGGAGCCCCGUCCCGAGGCCUGGGGGGCAGCCGCACGCCGCUGGGGGAGUUCAUCUGCCAGCUGUGCAAGGAACAGUACGCGGACCCCUUCGCGCUGGCGCAGCACCGCUGCUCCCGCAUCGUUCGCGUUGAGUACCGCUGCCCCGAGUGCGAUAAGGUCUUCAGCUGCCCGGCGAACCUCGCCUCCCAUCGCCGCUGGCACAAGCCGCGUCCCGCAGUGGCAAACGCCGCCACAGUCUCCUCGAUUGACGCGAAGCUUCCUCCUUCGUCCUCCCCGGAUUCCGGGGCUGUUGCUUCUUUUCUGGCGGAGGGGAAGGAGAACAGCCGGGCAGAGCAGACGGAAAAUCAGCACCUGCAGGCCAGGGACAGCUCCGGGGUGGAGCCGCGCCCAGACGGCGCCCCAUCCCAGAGCCUCCAGGUGUUGUCCCACCUCGAGGCACCCCUGCCUCGGGUCCCCUACACGGAAGGGGUACUGGGGCGUCGACUGCCUGGGCCGGGCAGUGCCAGUGGUGCCGGGGGACCCGAGAUCUUCGUGUGCCCCUAUUGCCACAAAAAGUUCCGUCGCCAAGCCUAUCUGCGCAAGCAUCUGGGCACUCACGAGGCGGGUUCGGCCCGCGCGCUUGCCCCCGGCUUUGGCUCCGAACGCGGGGUCCCACUGGCCUUCAGUUGCCCACUGUGCGGGGCGCACUUCCCGUCCGCAGACAUCAGGGACAAGCACCGGCUGUGGCACGCUGUCCGGGAGGAGCUGCUCCUGCCAGCUUUGGCUGGGGCAGCCCCGGAAGCUCCGAGCCCAGGAGGGGCAUCCGACGGGAGUGCUCAGCAGAUUUUCUCGUGCAAGCACUGCCCGUCCACUUUCUUUAGCUCCCCGGGGCUGACUCGGCACAUCAAUAAGUGCCACCCCUCCGAGAGUCGGCAGGUGCUGCUGCUGCAGAUGCCAUUGCGGCCAGGCUGUUGAGGGCCCGGAGAUCGGAGAGUUUGCGAGGUUGGCCCCUGAGGAAACAGAUCAUGGGAAUUUCUGUAGGGCUCUCUUCAACUUGCAAGUUUACCUCAUGUUCUUCCUGUAUGUUCUCUCCUAAAAGUCUCAGUAGUCGUUCUGACAUCGGAGCGGACAGCAAAAUGUAAAAUCCCUUUCCAGAGCAGGUUAUGUAUAUGGAUGGUUAUAAACAUUCGAGGCCAAGGACUGCCAGCUUUAAAUCCUUCUCUUUCCCCAUGAAAAUAGGAUCCCCCUCGCCUCCCAAACUCUGAAGGUCCUAAUGAAUCCCAUAUGACUUGUAAUUCCUAUGGAAAGUCGCAGUGAAUGCGUGCAUGUCUCAAUGUCUACAGUCAUUUUUUUUUCCUGUUGUCAUCGCAGGCACCUAUUUAGUUUCUGUUUCAAUAGGGUCAGAUAUCUUGCAUUGUAUAUUCUGUGAAUUAAAAGUUGUGACUGGUGCCAAACUUUUGGGGUGGGGGGAGAUUCAAGACCUGUGUCUGUAGGUAGGAAAUAGGAUAUUUUUUGCUUUGGGGGAUGUGGGGGUCUCCCUGUAAGCUUUCCUUUUCUCAGUAUUAGUCUACUUUUAAGUUAGUGUUUGGAGGUGGGGAGUGAGCUACUUGACAGGAAGCAGCUGACAUAUCCCCAAGAUUCUCACCUUUAGCUAUUUUGUGUGUAGUAGGCAGGAAGAGAUACUUUAAACCGG